CAAGUACAACUAACUAUUGAUUUACCCGGAGAACCACCGCGGAUGAUAUUUAAAACUCGACAGAGGGCGAGGAACUAUUGCAAUUAAAUACCGUGGUGCGCACAUCGCCUUUCUCCGAGUACUACAGACAACUUUCAUUGGUUGACAUUGUGUGUGCUCGUUAAAGAGUCAGUAAAUGGCACACGGGGGAGGUCUUUAUUUAGCUCACCGACUAGCGAAUCGAUUUGGUGGCAUGUUGUACCAGUUUUCGUUCAGCUCCGGAUCGGGUUCUGCGCCUGAAUUAUUUCUGCUUUGCUCGACCCGUCCCAAUUCCGGGAGCGCGGCUUCAGCGACUGCUCCGCGCCGCAAUGGGGAGGAGUGGGGUGCUGGUGCUGGCGGCGACUGAGCGGCGGGGCCAGCUCUCCUAAGGUCCAGGAUUCACCCGACACUCCAGAGGACCCCCGCCCCCCUCAGCGGCGCAAGAAACGGCACAGGUGGAGUUUAACACUGGAAUCCAGGAGGAUAUCAGCAUGGACAUCCUUUGAUCACUAUUUAAGUUGGGCAAAGAGCGACUGCGGGCCAUGUUCAAGCAAGUGAAGCAAUGGAAAUCGAUGUGCAAGGGGCUCGUACUGGGGACUCUGCUCACUACCUGUAUGAUCUUACUGUACUCCUUCGCGGCGCCGCCUCACCAAUUCAGCCUCCAGGAAGUUCCAGUUCCUUACUCCUGCUCGUACAAACCUGCACAAUCCAGGAAUUUACCCCAAAUAAAUAAUUCCUAUUCCACCCAAGAGCUAAGAAAGACCUGUAGUCCCCAGGAAGAUAUCAUGUUUAUGAAGACACAUAAAACUGCCAGUAGCACCAUCCUCAACAUCCUCUUCCGCUUUGGUCAGAGGCACCGGCUGAAGUUUGCUUUCCCCAAAAGCAGGAAUGAUUUCUACUACCCAUCCUACUUCGACAGGAGCCAAGUGAAAGACUACAGGCCGGGUAUCUGUUUCAACAUCAUUUGUAAUCACAUGAGGUUUAACAGCGCGGAAGUCCACAAGCUGCUGCCCGAAGAUACCGUCUAUUUCACCAUCCUUAGGGACCCCGCUUUUCUAUUUGAAUCGGCGUUUCAUUACUUCGGCCGCGUGAUCCCUUUCACCUGGAAAAUAAGCGGGGAGGACAAGCUGGCCGAAUUCUUCAGGGACCCCAACCGGUACUACGACCCAAACGGCUUUAACUCCCACUACUUGAAGAACCUGUUAUUCUUUGACUUCGGUUAUGACAACAACUUGGAUUUUGAUGACCCCAGAGUAGAGAAGCAUAUUAAAGCCAUAGACGAAAGAUUCGAUCUGGUAAUGCUUCUCGAACACUUCGACGAGUCCCUCAUCCUCCUGAAGGACGUCAUGUGCUGGGGCAUGGAUGAUAUCCUGUACUUCAAGCUGAACGUGAGGAAAGAUUCCACCGUGUCAAGAAUGAGCGGGGCGUUGUACGACAAGGCGACGAGCUGGAAUAAAAUCGACUCCAUGCUGUACAAGUAUUUCAACGCUACCUUCUGGAGGAAGGUGGGAGAGUAUGGUUUUGAGCGCAUGGAGCGCGACGUGGAGGCGCUGCGGAAGCGCAAUGACCACAUGCAGUCCGUCUGCAUCGAUGGCGGGCGCCCGGUGGACGCCAGCGCCAUUCAGGAGGCGUCCCUGCAGCCGUGGCAGCCGCUGGGGGAGCGCUCCAUCAUGGGCUACAACCUCAAAAAGAACAUCAGCAGAAAGCACAGAAAGCUCUGCCGGAAGAUGCUCACCCCCGAACUGCAAUACCUGACAGAACUGGGAGUUAACUUGUGGUUGACAAAGCUGUGGUCCUAUAUCAGAGAUCUGUUAAAAUGGUAGCUGGCCGGCUUUAAAGCUGGGCGCCCUACUCGUGCCUUUGGCGUGACUGCCAGGAGUCGUCGCAGAGAACGAUUGUUGCCACAGAUGUAUGGGCGUUACAUUGCAGAUUGCCCGUAAUUGUAAGGCAAUCAUUAAAAAUGUAAUAUAUCAAACAGAACUGGAUUACAGUCAAUUAAUUUACAUUAGUAAAAUAGUCAUUAAUUUGGAACUAAAGGUUCCACUGUACAAUGCUCUGUAAAAUAUCACUCUCUAUUUACUGUCCCAGCGAUACCUUGUGAAUGAUCAAAAAUUAAAUAACUGUGAAUUAAUAAUGUAAUCAGAGGAAUCAGAACUUCAAGCUGUAUGAUAGGAGUGCUUAAACAUCUAUGGCCAGCGCCUCCAUGUAGACCCAGGAAAGGCAACAAUGAGCCAUUAACUUGAUUCUUAGCAAAUAACAUAGACUUUAGAAAGUAAAUAUUUAUAAUGAAUUUUCUACUGGCCCUUGAAAUCCAGACUGCGUUUGUAAUUGCAAAUAAGGCAUUGGCGGUUCAAAAAGACUGAAUUCAAAACUGCUUUUUCACAUCUUAUUACCAGUUUUGAAGGCUUUAUGUUAUUUCUAUGUAUGAUCAUAUCAGUGGCAAUUCUAAGUCACAUAAUCACAUCCGUAGCAUUGCAUUGCAUUACAGGUUAACAACUCAGUGCAUUCUUACAAUAAUGUAAUUUUCCAUUGGUAUGAAGUUCUCAAAAAAUUAACUGAACAGAUCAAGCUCAUAGUGCACAUGUCUCUUUUUUAAAUUUGUUUGUUGAUAUCCCAGGCAAAUGUAAAAUAUUUAUUGCAUUAUCUGCAGAAUAAUUCUAUAGUUUCAGAUUUGCUCAAUGGAAACAUUGGGGAUAAAAUACAACUCACCCCAAUGUGAAAUAUAUAUUUCUCUAUUUUCAAAGGUUUGGAUUAGCUGAGUGGCUAGGAUUAAUGAACUGGCUUAAUGCCCAAGGUUAAUCAUUCAUUUGAUCCAGUGGACAGUGAUUCAAAUUUACGCUGUGCACAUACUAACCUUAUCACUGAUUACUUGCAGCCUGAUUACAUAUAAAUAGUUAGCAACAAAAUGGAAAUUAUUUUCAUUCAUCCUUUUUCCUUAUAAUAAGUCAUCAAUCACUUAUAAAGUGCCUUUGACACAGUAAGCUCUUAUCAGGAACAUAAUCAAAGUUAAGAGUUUAUUAGGUAAAUUAGCACUGAGAUGAACUUCCCAGUCAGCAGAAGUCAGCAAGGUAUUCACCAGAAAGCCAAUGCCUUUGUAACAGCAACACUCACAAUCAUCUAUCAGAUCUUCAUGUGGACCAUAAGAAUUUGGCCAUUCGGCCCAUCGAACCUGCUCUGCCACUCAUGGCUGAGACCAAGAUGUGCAUCUCAAAAGAGGGAAGUUGAAUCUGAAGCAUUAAUUUGCCCAUGCACUUGGAACGUGUUUGUAUUUCAAAUCACGUAGCUGAAGCAGUGUUAUUUUUAUACAACUCAGUAUUUUGUAUUUCUUUCAGACUCGGACAUUGAUUAUUUGUAUAAAAUAAUUCCGGUGGAAAGGAGAACAGAAUUUGUAAGUGAACGUCGUUAGAUUUGAAAGUAGUCUAGAAAGUAGUCAAACAGUAGUGGCCUUGUUCUUGAAUUAGUUCAAGAACCUCUCCAGAUAUUUAAGAAGAUAUUUAAGAUAUUUAACAUAGUACAAUCCUCCAAAGCUUCACGAAGGAAAUGCUGCUCCUUUGAAUGGGUCAUUAAACCAAAUCCCUUCCAGUCGGCAUGAAGACUCUCUAGGACAAGCUCAAAGAUCAGAGGAGCUAGGCAAGGUUCAUUUGUCAAUCAACAAGAGCUGGUCAGGCCACUGCUGUUAGCACAACCCUGCUAGACUUUAAAAACUGCCACAUUCCUUAAAAUGCAACAGAGGCUGCACUUCAAGAGCAGUUCAAGUGUAAGACACUUUGAGUCGUGAGAUAUGAAUGGCUGACAGAAAUGCAAGUUCUUUCCUUGUGCCUUGUCUUGUAACAGACUCACCAACCACCUGCAGAGCAGAUAUCAGCUUGAACGUCACUCAACUCUUUCAUUAAAGGUAGAGAACAUUUAAAAGUCUCAGGGUCAGUGUGCAGAGUUUGUUAUUGUCUGGAAGUGGUGGAUGGUGGGCAGAGCACCUACUUACUCUGUGUUUUGUCCUUCCAUUUCUGGGUUUCUGGUUAGAAGUGGUUAGUUACUUUACGAUAGAGAUGUUCCAGUUUAAUUUGAAUGGGCAUCUAUUGAAAUACUAAGGAAUUAAAAGGUUAAAGCAAUGGAAAUAUGUCAGGAUAAAGUAGUACAAGGAUACUUAUAAAUAAUUCUUGAACACUUCACAGUAAGACAGACGUAGCUCAUGGUUUGUUACUGAAGAACGACUGAAGGCAUAUGUCUGUUAUUAUCAUCAUUAUAUACCAUGUUGUAUGACGUGGGCGAUCAUGGUCUUUCAUGACUGUUCUUGGCAAAUCCUCCUACGGAAAUGGUUGCCAUUACCUUUUUCAGGGCAGUGUCAUUAUCAAUACUCUUCAGAGAUUGUCUGCCUGGUGUCAGUGGUCACAUAAGCAGGACUUGUGAUCUGCACUGGCCGCUCAUGCAACCAUCCACCACAUGCUCCCAUGGCUUCACAUGAACCUGAUUGGGGGGCUAGGCAGGUGCUACACCUUGCCCAAAGGUGACCUGCAGGCUACGGUAUGGAAAGAGCACCUUACACCUCCUUUGGUGGCGACAUACUGUUAUUUGCGUAUAACCCUGCCCACUGUUAUUUGAGCAUCUGUUAUACACUUAAAUAAUCAUAUUGUUCAUUAAAAUAGUACGAUUGUUUUGAAAUAAUAUAAACAAAUGGUGCUAAUUUAUCUCAAAUUAAAAACUUCAGAACUAUAUAAUACAUUGAAUUCCUCUUCAAUAAAUACACUGAGAAGUACUGCUGUAGUCAUGGUUACAAAACACUUAAAAUAAUGAUAAUAUUAGCUAGGUAUCAGUUAAUUAACAAUGUGUCAGAGAGUACUGUUUCCCUUUAUAUGAACAAUUCAACAAAAGCGUUAUUAAAGUAUGUACAUUGGCCGUGUAUAUUUACCCAGACAUUAUAAAUACUGACUGACAAAUUGCAUUGCAAAGGAGUUUAACCAAAGUGUACUUAUGGAAGUGAAUUAAUAAAUGAACAGGGCCAGGUGACCAUGCCCACAUUCCCACAGGAUUUAUCAUUGAAAAUGUGACUAUAUUUCAAAUUUUACAAUAGGGCUAGUGGUUAGCACAACGCUCUACAGUAGAGCCCAGCACUGCCUGUAAGGAGUUAGUACAUUCUCCCCAUGGCCACGAGGGUUUCUUCCACAUGCUCUGGUUUCCUCCCACAGUCCAAAACCACUUCUCACAGGUCACACUGCACCUUCCAUGCAUCCGCUCCAAACCAACAACGACCAUUGUCAUGCUACCAAUUCCAUUUGUCUUCAACAUUUCUUUAAAUUUUAAUUUAUACACAUGACAGCUUUGUAAUAAACAUUAUUUAUAGUGACACAAUUUUAACAUCAGAAAGCAGCAUAAUAUUAUUUAAUAAAGGAUAAUUAUCUAUUAUUUAUGAUCAGACUUCUUACUGACACAAACAGACUUUGCAUUGUGAUCUUGUUAGUGUUUCUUUUCUUUUACGGUGGUUUGAUUUAUUUUUAGCAGAGAAGCUUACUAAUAACCAAGCAGAAAUAAAUACUCUGAAUGUUCCUCGUUGGUGCAUGGCACUUUCAUAAAGUGAUUCCUGAUAAUAAUACAAGGAAUCAAAAUGAGACUUGUAGACAGUAUUAAUGUUUGUUAGCAUUUGCUGUUUAACCACUUGGUACUUGCUUGUAUAUUUGCAAUGUAAUUUAUUCAAUAAAAUGAUAUUUUACAAUAACAA